AAAAAAUUGAUUUGUGGCUCCUGUGUACGGUGCUGUGUUUCUCCCUCAGCACCCCACAAGUCAAUGGCUUCUCUGAUCAAUCCGUCGACCAAUUUCUGCAACUCCAAGGUUCGUACAGGAAGUCGGGUCAGCCAACAGUUGCGGGUCAACCCGUUAUCUCUGAAUUUGAAGAACAAUCAGCGUGGGAAGGUCUCUUUCUCAGUUGUGUGUAAGGCAGUGUCUGUUAAACCCCAAACCGACGUUGAAGGCCUCAACAUUGCUGAAGAUGUCACUCAGCUUAUAGGGAAAACACCGAUGGUGUACCUGAAUAAUAUUGUAAAGGGGUCCGUUGCAAACAUUGCUGCCAAGCUGGAGAUCAUGGAGCCCUGUUGCAGUGUCAAGGACAGGAUCGGUUACAGUAUGAUAGCUGAUGCUGAACAGAGAGGAGCUAUAACACCCGGAAAGAGUACUCUGGUGGAACCUACAAGUGGAAACACGGGCAUUGGUCUCGCAUUUAUAGCUGCUUCAAAAGGAUAUAAACUCAUAUUGACAAUGCCAGCAUCAAUGAGUAUGGAAAGAAGGGUUCUCUUAAAAGCAUUUGGAGCUGAACUUGUUUUAACUGAUCCAGCUAAGGGCAUGAAAGGAGCUGUUCAAAAAGCUGAAGAGAUUUUGAAGAGCACACCAAAUGCUUACAUACUUCAGCAAUUUGACAAUCCAGCAAAUCCUAAGGUACACUAUCAAACAACUGGUCCAGAGAUCUGGGAAGAUACAAGAGGCAAGGUGGAUAUUUUUAUUGCCGGGAUUGGAACCGGUGGAACCAUUUCUGGGGUUGGGAAGUUCCUUAAAAAACAAAACCCUAACAUCAAGGUUAUUGGUGUGGAACCUUUAGAGAGCAACAUUCUUUCCGGUGGAAAGCCUGGUCCUCACAAGAUUCAGGGAAUUGGAGCUGGUUUUGUACCCUCAAAUUUGGAUCAGGAUGUGGUCGAUGAAGUCAUAGAGAUAUCCAGUGAUGAAGCUGUUGAAACUGCAAAACAAUUAGCACUCCAGGAAGGCUUGUUGGUGGGAAUUUCUUCUGGAGCAGCAGCUGCAGCUGCAAUGAAGGUUGGAAAAAGACCUGAGAAUGCAGGAAAGCUUAUUGCGGUUGUCUUCCCAAGCUUUGGUGAACGGUACCUCUCCACUGCUCUUUUCCAAACAAUUCGAGAUGAAUGUGAGAAAAUGCAACCUGAGCCUUGAGGUCCUUUUUUCUCUGAGUUACUUAUUGUGAAACAUCGUCAUUUUUUUUUUCUCAUCCUCUGGGUGUAUUUCAUUUCAUUGAUGGAUGGAUGGAUCGACAUUUUUGUGCUUAUUUUUCUUCUGUUUAUGGAUAAACUGGAUCAGUUCUCUGACUGGAUGAAUUUAUGUUGUACUGUAUCCCACAACCAGAAGAUGUACCUUCCUUUUUAAAGUUGGUUGAUGUAAAUCAAGAAACUGAGUCCAUGGCCAUAAAUGAGAGAACUUGCUAUUUAUGUUUGAAUAUCUCAA